AUGGAAUUAUAUAUAGGUUCUCCAGUUACCUAUAUCAGUGAGGACGUAUUAAAUGCAUUCGGUGUGUCUGCAAUCAGACCAAAUGAUAAAAUUCCUGUAGAAAUUAAUAAUAUACGAAAUUUUGCCAACGAUUUCACAUUUCAGUGGAAUAAAUCUUAUUGGAAUGGAAUUUAUUAUCUUAUCUGA